UUUUGGUGGAUGUCGAAGAAAAAAUAUAAUAUCGAAUAUUAUAUUAAAACGUUUGAAGCGUAUAUAUCUCAAUAGAUUGUAAUGUACGCAACAACUGAUAGUACGUACGGUUGUGAACUUGUAGUCGUAAUGGUGAAAGCCGUCGAUACCGGAGGUAACGUCAAACGAAUAGCGACUAGUGCGAUCCUGGUUCGCGUAUUCGCGUUCACAAUUUAAAUUCCGCACACGACACAGUUAAAUACAGGUAAAACGUGCGUCAACUCAAGCGCCGUUGAGCAUAGUAUCACACCGGUGUGCUUGGCGCUUGCGUCAGACGGCAGUUGGUUAAUGACGAGCUCAUACUAAUUUAUUUAAACAAUAGAUAGUUACUAGAUAGUGAACGUUUUUUAUUUUAUUAUAUUUAAAGUAAGUAUUUUUACUUAUACAGAUAAUUGAGAAUGAAAAACGUUUUUUCGAACGGAGUAUUACAAAUGGUUUUCAUUGAAUAUAGCGCACUCCUAGACUAUUUUAAAGAUGCUCAUCGUUGAAACGCAGUACUAAUUUUGAAUAAUAACUAUCGCAAUUUGGAUGAAAGCAUGAGGGUGUUCUAACAACUAUUCAUUGAAUUAUUUUGUUUACUAAUUCAGUACUAUAUAGACGCAAGCAGCAGCUAUUCGACGGUACCACUCAGCUAAUAUAGUACGAUGGCUGCAUUGGACUAUACGCAAGUAGACUUCAAAAGACUUAUGAACAGGACAUUAGUGUCCAAGAGUUUUGCCGACAAGGAAAAAAAAUGCAGGUUCAUCUUGCGGUUUGUUCCAGACAUCAACAUUAACAGCUGUUGCGAGACCGUCGUCGAAAUAUUGUUGUCGUUGGAGACCAUUCUUGUAGACUUGGGCUGGACCGGAGACAGACCAGAACAACAAGAUCUAAACCCGGACUGGCACAAGGCUUUGUACGCUAAAGUAUUGCAAUUGAUCGAUUAUAAGUCCAAAGCAAACGUGAUCGAGGACGUGUGCGAGAAAGCCGCUAGUUACGGGCACCAGCUCUGCUUGAACUUGGCGCGGUAUUUGGGCGUCCCGUGGCACAGCCCGUUGCCCUAUGAGUACUCAGCGUGCGACCUGGCUGCGGGCAUAGGCGACUUGAACUGCCUGAAGGUGGCGUUCUACGAAGGCAGUCGGCGAAACAAGUCGACGUGCGCCGCUGCUGCGGCGGACGGACACUUGGAAUGUCUACGAUUCUUGCAUGAGAAUGGGUGCGAAUGGGACGUCGAGACAUGCAACCAGGCCGCGGCCGGCGGACACCUGGAUUGCGUAAAAUACGCCCACGAAAACGGGUGCGAGUGGGACGAGGUCGCCACGAUGCAAGCGGCCGUCAACGGCCAUCAAUCCGUGCUCGAGUACUUGCACGAGAAUAAUUGUCCUUGGGACGAAGUAACGUCCUAUCACGCAGCGAUAAACGGACAUUUGGAUUGUCUGUUUUAUUGUUACAAAAACGGGUGUCCUUGGGAUGAGGCGACCUGUAGAUAUGCCGCAACUUACGGACACAUAGACAUUUUGAAAUUCGCUCGCCAAAAUGGGUGUCCUUGGGAUAAAAGAACGACUGAAGAGGCUGCGAGGACUGGACAGUUGGAGUGUUUGCAAUAUGUCACAAUAACGGUUGUCCCUGGGACGAGGCCGUUGUUAUCAAGCCGCACGUAA